AUGAGUAGCCCACGCCGCAGGAUCGAGACCGAUGUGAGUGGGAUACCCUCUGAAUUCUUUGUUAGGUUCAAGGGUCCCGCCGAGACUCCGUUCGAGGGUGGCAUGUGGAAGGUUCACGUUGAACUCCCGGAUACCUACCCAUACAAAUCCCCUAGCAUUGGAUUCGUGAACCGUAUCUUCCACCCAAACAUCGACGAGCUCUCCGGCUCCGUGUGCCUCGAUGUCAUCAACCAGACCUGGUCCCCGAUGUUCGAUAUGAUCAACAUCUUUGAGGUGUUCCUCCCCCAACUUCUACGAUACCCGAACCCGACCGAUCCUCUGAAUGGCGAAGCCGCGGCGUUGUUGAUUAGAGAGCCCAAGAGCUAUGAUGCCAAAGUGAAAGAAUACGUGCAGAAAUAUGCCACCAAGGAUGCGGCCGACGACGCGGGAGCUGAGAGCGAAGACGACGACGACAUGUCCUCGGUGGCGAGCUUCGGCGACGACGACGACGAGCCCGCGGGCCAGAUGGACGACGUAUAGAAGGCCUAUCAUGGCAUUGACUUGGGCGAGCGUUUUGUUUCGUUUGAAAUAUGGCGUCAUGGGGGCAGGGCACGGCAGGGAGCUAUCAUCGGACGGAGUUGCAGAAGCCCGCGGGCACUGGCAUUGCCUCGACCGGGUUGACGGAAUUGUUUCGUAGGAUUGGGUAGGUCGGCGCAGGACUUCGGUGGUCAACCGAUUGGAUUAAGCUGGCCGACACUGCCCAAGGAUGAAGGUCGCAACAGAGCCGCUGAAUAUUUGAGUUUCGUAUCUAUAACAUGGGCAAAGCCCGGGUAUCAUACUGGAAAACAGGACAUGCAAAUCAAUGUGACGUCGAGUUAAUCUGAAUCAUAAUCCACC